CACUGGGCUCAUCACAUUAAACAUAGCCAUACAUAUCUUGUCCCUCCCACAAUCAUGGAGGAAGAAGUGGUUAUAGUCGGGGCUGGCAUCGGUGGCUUGGCGACUGCGGUGGCCCUAAAGAGGGUGGGUAUCAAGGCGGUGGUGCUGGAGAGGGCAGCCGAGCUUAGGGCGAUCGGCGCAGCCCUCACGCUUUUCCCCAACGCUUGGCUUGCCCUCGAUGCCCUUGGCAUCGCUGAUAAGCUUACCCCGCUCUACGCUCCCAUAGAAAAUGGAUUUGUUACCGAUGUCAAGACCAAAUCAACUCAGCAGUUCAUGCUCUUUGCUCCCAGCAAGAGAGGUGGACCAAGACCGGUAAAUCGAAAGAUCCUAUUACAAGCACUGGCUGAUGAACUUCCUCCGAGUACAAUUCGCUUCUCUUCAAAGCUCAACUCCAUAGAGUCCCAAGUCGAGGAUGGCCAUCGGAUUUCGGUUCUUGGACUUGAAGAUGGAGCCAUAAUCAAGGCUAAGGUGGUGAUAGGGUGCGAUGGGGUUCACUCAAUGAUUGCAAGGCGGUUGAAACUCCGUCCGCCGGUCCAUUCGGGAAGGUCGGCGGCUCGUGGGCUUUCUGUGUAUCCGGAAGGCCAUAGGCUGGGCCGUACUGUUCAGCAAUUUGUGGAUGUGUCCAAGAGGGCCGCUUUUGUUCCUCUCAAUGACAAUGAAAUCUAUUGGUUCUUUGUUUGCAAGACACCAACUAAAGGCGAAGACAUUGGAAGCGACCCGAAAUUAAUUCAAAAAGAAGUAACGGAAAAGUGGGCUAGAGACUUCCCCAUGUCCUACCUUGAAGUCGUCCAACAAUCGGAUCUAUCAACGCUAUCGUGGGCACCACUCGUGUUCCGAUACCCAUGGGACAUUGUUCUCGGAAAUCUGAACGCUACAAACAUCACAGUAGUUGGUGAUGCUAUGCACCCAACGACCCCUGACCUCGGGCAAGGCGGCUGCAUGGCCCUUGAGGAUGCUGUUGUUCUGGGUCGACACAUGGGGAACUCGAUUGGACCUGAUGGUAAGCUUAGGCUAGAAGACGUAGGGCAGGCCCUCAGAAAGUAUGUCAGAGAGAGGAGGUGGCGGACCGCGUGGAUCAUCGCAGCCUCAUUCCUGUCAGGUUGGAUUCAACAAGAUGGGUCAGGGUGGUGGAUGAAGUUCCUUAGGGACGUCUUCUAUAAAACUAUCCUAACCAAGCUUAUGAAUAUUGCAUACUAUGACUGCGGGAGGUUACCGAAUAAGAUGGGAACAUCUAAAUGAGGCAGAGUUCCUAAUUGAAGUCAAACUAGUUCCCGAGCAUUUUGCUACGCUACAUGCUCAUACUGAGAGGAAGUAUUACAGAGAUAAAUUUUUUGGUUUAUUUAGGAAAUGUAAUAUAAUAUAUCAGAAUAAGAUCAUAUCAAUUAGUCCAGUAUUUAAUAUUUUUGGGAGUUUUUAGAUCCCAUUUAACUA